GUAUUAUUAGAAUGUUAAGCUGCCCUGAUUACAAUGAGGGAUAUCAUAUGUAUAGGAAGGGUAAUUAAUGCUCUCAUGAUGGAUUUGUACGUUACUGACAGGUUGGCCGUCCGUUACUGACGGGUUGGCCGUACUUUAUGAUGAAUUCAAGUCUGCCAUAAAGAUUCAUUCGAAGAAAAGAAAUAGAUUGGAUGUCAAACUUUUGAACAGUCUCGUUUAUGUCCAAUUUAAAGCAAAGUUAUUGAAAAGGACAAUAAAAAGGACAUGGAUGACUAUAUUGCUCUAUUAGCAAGUGAUGCGAAUAAUGCACAAGGAUGGUUGGUUGAUGUCUGCGAAACAACCGAAGAAAUUGAUCAUUCUAUCAUUGAAGUUGUUGAAGAUGAUGAAGUGUCACAGCCACCGCGGAGAAGUGCUAGACUGAGAGAACUUUAUGAUGAUGAGUUCAAAUCUGAUUCAGAAGAAAUGAAUAUGGAGAUUGAUUUUCAAUUUGGCCAAGAAGAUGAAAUACCAUAUGGCCUAGGAACACAUUGCACAUGUGUUAAACUGCUGAUGAAGUCUUCAAUCUGUGUUGGACUGUUGGUUUAAAGUUUAAACUAUUUUUUCUCAAGUUUAGUGUUCAUUUAAACUCUACGUUUGUGUUUAUGGCUUUUAGCCUUUGACAGCUAUGUUUUUUUUCCUUUUUGGAUGAACAACUGUAUUUAAACUCUACAAUUAGGUACAUUAGUUAAAUGGUUUUUCUCUUUGACAUCUUUGUUUUUUUGCUUUUUUAAUGAGCAACUACACUAUUAUGUUCAUGGCUUCUUAUAUUAUUGGGAAAAUUGUCAAAUAAGCCUUUGUAGUAUAUCAUAAAAGUCAAUCAAACCCUCGAACUAAAGAAACACCCAAUUAACCCACUAACUUUGCAAAAACACUCAAAUUCAUAAUUCAACAGGUGAAAAUCCGGUUAUCAGGUCAUAUUGCUGACGUGGCGACUGAUGUGUUAUUUUUAAUUUUUUUUCUUUCUUUUUAUUUUCCUUUCCUUUUGGUCUCCUCCUACUUCCUUCUUGAGACCAUGCAUCUCUUAAUUGAGUCUUUUUAGUAAAGGGUUUAAUUGAUUUUUUUAUAUACUAGGAUGACUCAUUUAACAAUUUUCCCUAUAUUAUUUUGUUUAUACCUUUUAAUCUCUUAUACGAAUACAUGAUUGACAUUUUUGAAAUUUUAAUUUUAUCAUUUGUACAACCAUAGUUCGAGGAAUUAUAUUUAAAAAAAAUGAUUUUAUGCCGGUGACUAGACAGUGAUACAAUGAAAUUACGAAAUCAAAAUUACAAAAGCAAAAUUACAAUCAUUGUCCCCCUAUCUCACCUCUGGCAAAAAUUACAAAAUCAAAAUUCAAGUUCUUCCCAAAAAAAUCAAAAAUCAACAUAACGAUUUGUAGCAAAUCCAAAGUUGUUACUAGGGGUGGGAAAAACCGACCCAAAAUCCGGUAACCGAAUUGACCCAACCCGAUAUAUGACAUUGGUCCGGCUGUCCAGGUUUUAUUUUAAAAAUGAUCAGUCCGGGUUAAAAUACCCGACCUGAACCCGAAAACAUGGGUCCAAAUUCGGGUUCCAAAAAUUUAAGCCCGACCCGGACCGAAAAAACCCGAUUUAAUUAAGAAACUAAAAAAUAUAUAUUCUAUAUAAAAUACAUAUGAUAUGACCUAUUAAUACAUCAUACCAUUUUUUUUACAUAUAAUACGUAUACAUGAACUAUUUUAUACUACUUCCGUCCUAAAUUAAUUUGCAAAAUUGAUUUUUUUAAUCAAACAAUUUCAUUUUAUUCAUUUAAUUAGGACGUCAAUUUUUAAUUACGAAGUAUAUUUGAUUUGGAGUUUCCAACUUUAAAGAGAUUUUCAAAAAAAAAACUUUAAAGAGAUUUUAAUGUAAUUUUUGAAUAUGUAAAAUUUAAUUAUUAAAAAUUGAAUUAAGUAUCAAUAUGGAGGAUUUAACUUUAACAUUGGUUGACCAAAAAAUUUUGAGUUUGUAAAUAAAUUUGGGACGGAGGGAGUAUUAUUUUGCUUUCGAACCAAUUGUUCUUCUACAACAUUUUCUAUCGAGUGAUUUUAAGAUUUAAAAUAUACUGCUUCGGUUUUUACUAUGUAUAUAUAUAUUUAUUCUAUUUGAAGUUUAGAACUUUAGAUAUUUGCAAUUUUUAUUGUGAUUGUAUUUCAAUUGUAUUUAGAUAUCUCAGUUCAAUUUUUUUCCGAGUUCAACCCAACCUGACCUGAACCCAAUCCGAACCCAAGGAUCUUAAAACCCGGACUAACCCGUAACUCCGUAAGUAUUGGUCCUUCGAUCGAGCCCAAAAAUGUAGAACCCGAAGAUUUACGGGUUUUUAG